ACCUCGCCACCGCCGGCCGCCAGUCGGCCCCGGGCGUCCACAGGCCGAGGAGGCCAGCGAGCGGUGCGUGCGUGAGCGUGUCGAGUGCGAGAGUGGUUGCGAGUGCGCGGAGAGUGCGUGCGUUGCGAGUGCAGUGAGUGCCAGUGAGUGAGUGCGUGCGGCGGGGAGUGCCCAUAACACCAUCACCAUUAUCACACCCGGCGCCACCAUUCUGCACCCACGAGCUCCCAUGUGGAACCUGGACUUCCGGGAGGCGCCGGCGACGGACCUCAACAAAAACGACAUCAGUAUGAAGGUCGCCGUCGGGUCCGUGUCCGUGGGGUCGGUCGCGUCCAGGAAGCGGCGGUGGAGCGAGGUGGAGGAGGAGACGACGGCGGCCUCCAACGCCUCGAGCCCGAGCCCGAGCCCGCUGCCCGCGCGGGCGACCACGGCCGAGCCGGCGCUGCCCUCGCAGUCGCAGUCCGAGUCCGGGCAGCGGGUGUGCGCCGAGUGCGUGCAGAGGAUCACGGACCAGUGGGUGCUGCAGGUGUCGGAGCGCUGGUGGCACGUCAGGUGCCUGCGCUGCUCCGUGUGCCGUGUCGCCCUGGACCAGGACCCCAGCUGUUUCAUGAGAGACGACCAGCUCUACUGCAGAGCCGACUACGCCAAGAUGUUCGGCACCAAGUGCUCCAAGUGCUGCCGGUCCAUCUCGGCGAGCGACUGGGUGCGCAAGGCGCGCGACCUGGUGUACCACCUGGCGUGCUUCGCGUGCGACGCGUGCCACCGGCAGCUGUCCUCGGGAGAGGAGUUCGCGCUGCUCGAGAACCGGGUGCUGUGCAAGACCCACUACCUCGAGACCAUGGACCUCGGCAGCACGUCGUCCGACGAGGGCGGCGACUCGGAGGGCUACCACAAGAACAAGGCGAAGCGGGUGCGGACCACCUUCACCGAGGAGCAGCUGCAGGUGCUGCAGGCCAACUUCGUGCUGGACUCGAACCCGGACGGCCAGGACCUGGAGCGGAUCGCGCAGGUCACGGGGCUCAGCAAGCGCGUCGUGCAGGUGUGGUUCCAGAACGCGCGCGCGCGCCAGAAGAAGCACCUGCACAACAACAAGAUCAAGUCCCAAGCCCACCACCCUGGCGCGCACCUGCAGAGAGACGCGGGCGACGGCGCGUUCGGCGGCCACAUCAACCUGCACCUGACGUACUCGUUCAGCGGGCAGCACGGCAAGGCGCCGCCGCCCAUCGGGCCGCCCUCGUCGCAGCCCUCCGCCCUCUACCACCACGAGCACGGUGAGCAUGCGCACUGGCAGCGGAACCUCCUCAAGUUCGUUCGGAUCAAACAGGAAGCGGAGGACCGCAUCAACGAUCUGUAGGCCGUGAGCGCCCUCAGAGACCUCCUCCAUGGACGAGCUCUCCCAGGACUCCAUGCUCCACUGCAUGCGCGGGGAGGUAUGAGGCUCGCCGUCC